GUUCUUGCUCAGAGCUCUGGCUCUCUCAGAUGUCGAAGCCUCGUUGUCCAGCUUUAACAUGCUGUGAUUUUGAUCAGAUGCAUCUUGUUUUACUGUUAAACCUGUGACACCCAACGACAGUCGCUGGAACUGGUACAAACUUAGCCAAAAGCUACAGAUGGAAGCAGAGUUUGUAGAAUUCUCUAACAGUUUUACAACAUACUUUUACUUUAAAUUACCCCAAUAUUUUUGAUUAAAACAUUAGGACGAGUUGGACCACGUGCUGGUGACCUUAAAAAACAUUUCCACCCUAGUCUUCUUUAUUGACUGAUUGCAAACUUAAUGUAAUAAACAGAUAAAAAAACUUGCACUUCACUUUUGUGCCCAUCGUAAAAACACAGACCCUCCAGUUUUGACCUUGUCAGGAUAGAGACACGAACCCCCCGGAAUCUGCCAUCUACUGUAGGAAGAAUGUGACAAUAAAACAAGCUCGACACAAACACUGCAGCAGAUUUCUUUCCUGCCGUCCUGACUGAAAACCAGUGUGUUUCUUCAUUAUGCACAUCCACUUGUCCCUUUAAUAUUUUCCUCUGCAAUGGAAGCUGCUCAUCCACCAUCAUCAGUCUCCACUCUUUGAUCUUGGGCAGGCUGCACGCAUGCGCCGCUCAUUGGCUCCUCUGCGCCGUCUGGAGUAAGUUGGAUGUGCGCUCUCCUCCUCACUCGCAUCCCUACACCAGCUGGAAAACUGUUGCGAUGGGGAGGAUCAGGAAAACCCACUUUGGGAUUUUGACUUUUUCCUUGUUGGCGUCGUUUAUCCGGACUCAAAGCGUCAAGGAUAUUAAGGACCCGAGCAAUAUGCCUCUGGUCAAAGAGACAGUGGACAGACUGAUGAAGGGAUACGACAUUCGGUUGAGGCCGGAUUUCGGAGGUGCGCCGGUGGCCGUGGGCAUGAACAUUGACAUAGCCAGCAUCGACAUGGUCUCUGAAGUCAACAUGGUAGGUGCAUCUCCAGGAUUAUUGUCCUCCUGUUGUGUUUUUAUUCAAAUCAUGCUCAUUUGAAUGUGCCUGACGCACACGGCCGGAACACGGCACUAAGUGGCGCAACUUAGAGCCGGGACAAAUCGCAGCCAGGAUGGAGGCAUCCUGCAAAAAAAAAAAAAAAAAAAAAA